CAAACACUCGAAGCAUUGUUUUUCUUGCUGGCUCAGUUCUUCAAUUUAUUGUUUUUAGUUUCAGAAUUUCCACCCCUCCACCAGUUCACCAUGCCGCUGCUGUCUCAGGAUGCCGAGUGGGAUGACAUGUACAAGCGCCUGCCCGAGCCCCCGGCCGGCACUGCUCGCCGUGCGUUUGCCGUGCUCACCAGCGGCGGUGACUCGCAAGGCAUGAACGCUGCUGUGCGCGCCAUCGUCCGCGUCGCUCUGUACAACUAUUGCGACGCCUAUGCAAUCUAUGAGGGCUAUGUCGGCUUGGUCAACGGCGGCAGCUUUAUCAAAAAGAUGGGCUGGGGCGACGUUUCCGGCAUUCUGUCUCAGGGUGGCACGGUCAUUGGAACCGCGCGUUGUGCCGAGUUCCGCGACUAUCCUGGUCGCUUGAAAGCCGCGCUCAACCUUCUCGAGCGUGGCAUCAACAACUUGAUUGUCAUUGGCGGCGACGGCAGUCUUACCGGCGCGGAUUUGUUCAAGCGAGAGUGGCCGCAAUACCUCAAAGAUCUGCUUCAACAGAAGGCCAUCUCUGAAGAGCUUGCGCAGCGUCUGAGCUACAUCAACAUUGUCGGACUCGUGGGAUCGAUCGAUAACGACCUGUGCGGCACGGACAACACGAUCGGAGCGGACACGGCGCUCAAGCGCAUUGUCGAGUCCAUCGACAGCAUUUCCAGCACUGCUGCGUCGCAUCAGCGCUCGUUUGUGCUCGAAGUGAUGGGCCGCAACUGCGGCUACCUGGCGCUCAUGGCUGCCAUUGCAUCUGGUGCCGACUGGACGUUCAUUCCGGAGCAGCCGCACGGCGACGACUGGCGCGUGGCCAUGUGUGACGAGCUCAAGCGCAAUCGCGAAAGGGGCCGUCGCAUGAGUCUGGUCAUCAUGGCCGAAGGUGCGCGCGAUCGCAGCGGCACGCCAAUCACGGCCGAGCAGGUCAAGCAGGCCAUUGACUCGACACUCCACCACGACACGCGCAUCACCGUGCUUGGGCACGUCCAGCGUGGUGGAGCCCCGACCGUCUACGACCGUGUUUUGGGCACCGUCUGCGGUGCGCGCGCAGUCCAGUACUUGCUUCACAAUGCCGGCCAGGUGCGCCCCGUUGUGAUGGGCGUUUCUGGCUCAAAGUACAUUACCAUCCCGCUGAUGGAAUCGAUCGCCUUGACCCAGAGCGUCCCCGUAGCCAUCAAGAGCAAGGAAUUUGCGCGUGCUGUUGAGCUGCGCGGUCCUGGGUUUGUGAGCGACGUGUGUCUGCUGCACCAGCUCAACUCGGCCGACCCGACCCACCGCCACGUGGGCACGCGCCCUUUCAAGAUUGCCAUUGCAUGCGUGGGCGCGCCUGCUUCGGGCAUGAACAGCGCCAUCCGCGCAGCAGUGCUUGCGGCCGUGGAUUCCUUGCACACGGUCAUUGGGUACCACGAUGGCUUUGAUGGUAUUGCCAAGGGCGAGUUUGAAGAGUUGACGUGGCUGAGCGUGUCGCAGCUGGCUGACAAGGGAGGAUGCGUGCUCGGCACCAAUCGCUCUGCCCCCAAUAUUGGGCAAGUGGCCACCUCGCUCCAGAAGCACGCCGUGGAUGCUCUCAUUCUCAUCGGCGGCUUUGAGGCCUACACUGGCGCGCUCGCGCUCGUCCGUGCUCGAUCCGCCAAUCCUGCGCUGCGCAUUCCCAUCCUGUGCCUGCCCGCGACCAUUUCAAACAACGUUCCCGGAACUGAGAUGAGCGUUGGCAGCGACACGGCCCUGAAUGCGAUCGUGACAUGCAUCGACACCAUCAAGCAGAGCGCCACCUCGUCGCGUGCGCGUGUGUUUGUGAUUGAAACGCAUGGCGGCAACUGCGGCUACUUGCCCGUCACGUCGGCCCUCGCUGCUGGUGCAGAGCGCGCCUACACUCCCGAAGAAGGCAUCUCGCUUUCCACGCUGGUGACUGACCUGCAGCACUUUCAGCGUCGCUUCAGCGAGGGUGCCAACUGUGCCGUGAUUGUGCGCGGCGAAAAGGCCAGCAGCACCUACACGACACCCGUCAUUGAGGCCAUUCUCGGAGAGGAAAGCCGCCAGCUCUUCACCUGCCGUUCGAACGUGCUGGGACACUUGCAGCAGGGCUUCACUCCUUCGCCGAUCGAUCGCAUUUCGUCGGUCAAAUUUGCCGUCCAGUGCGUCACGACCAUUGUCAGCGAGUGCAACCGAGCGCUUGACGCAACCACCAACACUGUGCAGGUCGCCGGGUCGGAAGCUGCCUUCAUGGUCGGAUUGAAGGGUGUCGGAAUCACGCUCACGCCUCUGGAAGAGCUGGUUGAGCACUCGGACUUUAAGCUGCGAGUGCCCAAAGCCCAGCUGUGGACAGAGGCCAACCUUCUGCUCCACGUGCUUGGCAAGUACGAUUACUACAACGACGCCAAGACGCAAGCGCAGUAGCAUGUUGCUUCCGGUCGUUUUAUUGCGGACGGGACAAAUGUGUGGUUGUUGUGCUGCUGCAAGAAGUGUUGAGCUGGUUUCCUGAAAGUCGUCGUGCCAAAAGCUGUGUUUUAUUUUGCAUACAACGUCUGUCCUGUCUCCAACCCGGCCAUGCAUGUUGUUGCUGUGCGUUGAUCGGAGCGAGAAUUUUCGCGGCCUCUUCCUUAACUUUGUUGUGCAAAACCAACGUUGGCAAAAAAGCAUUGCAUGUACUACCAACGAAUCUACAGUAGCA